GAUGCCGACCCCAAUCAGGGCCUUGCAGUGCUGUCAAGACCUACUCCCCGUCAUCAACGCCCAGACCCAGACAUGGCAAAGGCCGAGCAUGAGCGUCGCAUCGAAUGCAGCAAGGAGGGCUUGUUGAAUUUGAUCGACGAGUCGAAGAACCCGAGUGAUGACUACCUUGCUCUGGUCGCCCGUCGUCUACAUGCGCUUAAUCACAAGAAGAAGUCAGACUCCAGCAGCAUGCGCAAGUGACCGCCGACAACCGAUGACCACCGACUAAGCAUGAAAAUAGGUUCUCUAAGGCUCAACACAACUCAGCAGAAGACUUCUUUGAGAAAUCCCCCAUCUUCUGCAUGCAAACACUACCAACCCGCUGGGUCAAAUUGCAAAACACUAGCAAUGUCAGCUCCUACGUCCCGCCUCGCCCUGGUUCCUCCCGAAGACCGCAACACGCGAGCCAACGAGCAGAUUGAGCACACACGAACGUACAUAGUCAAGCUAUGUGACGAUAAUGACGAUUUCCGGAGACGUUGCGAGGCGAAAAUCACGAAGCUAGCAUUGGAAGAAGGAGUCUGGACCUCAUGUUGUAUUGCUUAGGUAUAUCAGCAGAGAUAAUGAAGGAAAAUUAUCAUUCCUUUCGCUUCGCUUUAAGGAUUUGGCAGGCAAAUGGUGCCCUGCUUGAUCAGGCAGGCAUUCAAAACUGGUUCUUGUAGCUUUGGAGGUAUCUUGCUUUUAUGCCAGUGACCUCAACUUUAUUGAUCC